AUGACGCUCGGAGUGAGCGCUCUCUCCUGUCGCUGCCCACUCCCCUUCAAAGGUUGGAAACUGCAAAGCUCGGUUGCUACAUGGAAAUAUAUGCGGUCUCGCCGACACCGACUUACUGAGGUCAUAACAUUUGCGACAAAGAACACUAAGAGGAAAAAGGAGAAGUUUUCAAAACGAGUCAGAGGAUUCGCUGUUGGUGCCCCAAGGACUGCUGUUCUUCAGGCUUGCACUCUCACAUCAGGCUUGCUGCUUGCUGGAGGGAUUCUGCUUCGCCGGGCGUCACACCUUGUAUCUUUAAAUGGAUGGCCAAUUGCUGAUCCUACAGAUGUGUCACUCAAUUUUGAAACUUGGCAUCUUGAGUUGGUUGCGGGGCUUGUAAUAGUAAUAUCCUCGGGUAGAUACAUUCUACUACAAACAUGGUCAGAUUUCAGAGAUUCCAGUGAAGCUGCAAAUAGACAAAUCCUUACAUCGCUAGAGCCUCUGGACUACAUUGUUGUUGCUUGUCUCCCUGGGAUCAGUGAGGAGUUGCUCUUUCGAGGGGCGAUGAUGCCUAUCUUGGGAUUGAACUGGAUUAGUGCCCUUAUUAUUGGAACCAUUUUUGGUGUUCUUCACUUGGGCAAUGGCAGGAAAUAUUCGUUUGCAAUCUGGGCAACAUUUGUUGGCUUUGCCUAUGGUAUAGGAACCAUAGCUUCCUCAAGCAUUAUAGUUCCAAUGGCUUCACUCCAUAAACAAUAUUAUCGGAGGUUUACUUUGGCGCGUUACCAAGAACUCACAAAAGUCGGGCGUGCUCCACUGCCAUCCCCAAGGGAUAUGGGGAAGCGCAAGCCCAUGCCUUCCGCCGCCGCUCGAGGACCGAAGAACCGGCCAAAGAGGCCAAGGUCCGCGAAGCAGGGAGCUGAGUUACGGGAGGAGAAUCCCCAGCUGUCGGAGCACGAUGACGAAAUUGUAGAUACUGAAUCUGGAGCAGCAGGGACUGUUCAACGUGAUAAAAAAGAGAAUGGGAGCUUUCAAGGCACAGCGCAGAGUGAUGAAGAGGACAUAGAGGAUGAGUAUGACGCUCCUAGUGGUGAUGCUCCAGGUGAUACGAUAAACAAUGGAAAUGAUUGUUUUGAUGAAACAGAGACUUCAUGUUCAUUUCAUCGUCAUGUAAGCCACAUCAUAACAAAUGAAGAAGUCAAGGCGUUGAUGAAGAACUAUAAAUUUAAAUGGGAAAUGCCUGCUGUGGACAUUCCAAGGUCCAAAUGGGUUGGAACAGGUGAAAAAGUGCAGGAAGCUUGUGAUGAUCAUCUUCAUGAUGUCAAAGGAAAGUUGAGAGACCAUUGGCAACAUAUGCUAUCCGAUCAUUUAAAUUCUCGAAUGAGCUUCUUCUCUCUUUGUAACAGUUAUCGUGACAUAAUGCAUUGCAAUAAGAAGCCAUUUUAUCUGAAAAGUAAUGGUCCUGAUUCCAGUACCAUGGACGCAUAUCUUAUGCAUGCUUUGAAUCAUGUUCAUAGGACGCGAAAUGUUGUAAUUAGAAAUGACGCGAAGCUUAGGAAUGAUGCUGACAGAGAUAUUUCGGAUGAUAAGACAUACCUUGAUCAGGGUUUUACGCGCCCGAAGGUUCUUUUCUUGUUACCUCUCAAAAGUUUUGCGCGACGCAUUGUGAAGAGAUUGAUCCAGCUUUCCCCAUUGCCACAAAAGGAUAGUGCCAUGGGACAAUUUAAAAAGGAGUUUGGUGAAUCAGAUGACGAGGGGAUACCUGAACAUAGCACAAAACCUGCAGACUUUGAUCUUCUUUUUGCUGGAGACAUUGAUGAUCACUUUCUUUUUGGUGUAAAAUUAACGAAGAAAUCUAUUAAGCUGUACAGUAACUUCUAUUCUUCUGAUAUAAUAGUUGCAUCUCCUUUAGCGCUGAAACGUAAAAUUGAUGGAGGAGAACAUGGCAAGGAGAAGGAUUUUGAUUUCCUAUCUUCAAUUGAAAUAGUGGUUGUUGAUCAUGCGGAUGUGAUAUCUAUGCAGAACUGGGAGCAUCUGGAGGCUGUGUUUGAACAACUUAAUCAGUUGCCAUCAAAAGAACAUGGAACCAAUGUGAUGCGAAUUAGGCCAUGGUACUUGGAUCGGCAUGCACAGUACUAUCGGCAGACUAUACUGUUAAGCUCAUACCUUACACCAGAGAUUAAUGCUUUAUUUAACGGAUUAUGCUUAAAUUAUGAAGGAAAGAUUAAAAUGGUGACCGAGUAUGCAGGUGUUCUUCCCAAAAUAGAACUUGACUUGCGGCAGGUGUAUGAGCGAUUUGAUGCAUCUUCUAUUUCUGAAGCUGACGAUGCGCGCUUUGAUUAUUUCUGCAACAAGGUAUAUCCAAAGAUUCAAGACUUGGAUGAGGGUGGAUUGCUGCUAUUCGUGAGUUCAUACUUUGAAUAUAUUCGAAUAAGCAAUUUCUUAAAAUCUAAGGAAGCGUCCUUUUGUCGAAUUGGAGAGGCUACAUCUCAACAGGAUAUAUCUCGUUCAAGAGUCUGGUUUUUUGAGGGCAAGAAAAAGAUCUUGCUUUAUAGUGAAAGAUCUCACUUCUACCAUCGAUACAAGAUCAGGGGAACAAAGCAUUUACUAAUUUAUUCAUUGCCAGGGAGAAAAGAAUUUUAUCCGGAGCUUGUAAAUAUGCUAGGCGAAUCAGAAAUCCGGAAGUGCAAUGUUCUUUUCUCUCGUCUAGAUCUUCUUAAGGCUCCUACUCCUUUGCUGCAUGAUGAGUCUGUUGUUGCACGGUUGGAGAAAAAGAAGUGGCACAUGGGGGGGACAGAGAAGAAUGGAGAAAGAAAAGGAGGUUAA